GAAAGUGAUCAACGAUGUCAGCUUAUUUGUCAUUGUGAAGAAUGAAAUGAAACGUGUUUUUGUUAGAGUUGGGAUCUGUUUGUAGAUUAUUUUUGGUUUUUUUCCCGUAUUUACUACACGAAAAGCAUGUAGUUAAUGAAAUUGCCACGAUUGCAUGGUAUUUUGUCUCAACAAUCCUUGGGAUUGUGUAUUCUUAGUCGAUUCCGGCACUAUUUUCGUAACAUGGCCUGUUCAGAAUUGAAUCCACCAGAAACGGUGCGAGGAAUGACUGUGCUUGAUAGAGAAGCGUUCACAAAACAAAUCGUCGUACCAGUGUUACGAGUACCGGAAACUUUAAAUUUCAAUAUGAUUUGCACUGAAGUGAAGAAAUACCUCCUUAAAAUAGAGCAUUAUAAACCUGUGCGAAAGGGAGAAUGGGUAAUAACGUUACAUCCCUCUGCCGUCAAAAGCUGGUCGGAUAUUUGUCUGGAAGACAAAGGUCUCAGGGCAGAAAAUCUUGUGUGGGAAACAAUUAUGCUGAGGUACGAAAACUGGAGAUUCGAUGAAGUGCUAAAAGCAGUCUUGCCAGAAGACAAAGAGCAACUGUCAGCAUUUUCUAAGAUCGGACACGUAGUGCACCUUAACUUGAAGGAACACCUGUUCCCUUAUAAAGGCCUUAUAGGUCAAGUUAUUAUGGACAAAAUUCACGGUUGUAGAACAGUCGUGAACAAACUAAAUAUAAUCGACAACACAUAUCGAAAUUUUCAAAUGGAGUUAUUGGCAGGUGAUGAGGACUUUCAAGUGUUGGUAAAGGAAAAUGGUGCUACUUUUGAGUUCGAUUUCUCUAAAGUUUAUUGGAAUCCCAGACUUGCGACUGAACACGAAAAAGUUGUCAAAAUGCUGAACAAAUGCGAUAUUCUGCUUGAUGUGUAUGCAGGAGUGGGUCCAUUUAGUAUUCCUGCCGCUAGAAAAGGGUGCACCGUUUUGGCAAAUGAUUUAAAUCCUGACUCCUACGAGGCUCUAGUGAAAAAUUCUGUAAAGAAUAAAGUUGAUUCACGCACAACUUGUUUCAACAAAAAUGGAAUUGAUUUCAUUCGAGAAGAAGUUCGAGCCGUGAUAUUAAACAAAAAUCAAGAUGUUCACUUUAAUGGAACCAUUCACAUCACAAUGAAUCUACCCGCACUAGCAGUUAAUCAUUUAGUUAACUAUGUUGGUCUUUGCAAAGAGGACACUCUGGAGAUAACUAAAUUUCCUUUAGUUCAUGUAUAUUGCUUUGCAAAGGGAACUGAUGAUAAGAAAGUGAUUGCGCAAAGUAUGGUUGAGCAAAGUAUUGGCUUUUCUCUUAAUUCUAAUUUAAAAGAGAUUGCUUUGAUAAGAAAUGUAGCGCCUAACAAGGAUAUGAUGCGAGUAAGCUUUUACCUUACAGAUGAGAUCCUAUUCUCACAUGCUACUAGUUUCAAACGAUCUGCAGAUGCCAAAGUUGAACAAACUUGUAAACGAAAAUGUACUGAUAAUGGCCAAGAAGAACGUGAAGAAGCAGAUUGCCAAAAAAGCUAAAAAUGUAUUUGCUGUAUCACAAAGCAAAAAGAACAACGUGAAAAAGGCGAAAGAGGUCUCAGCAAAGCUGAAAAAGAUAAAUGUCCAAGCAAAACGAGAGAAAGCUGAUAAUUCCUUCCAGGAUCUACAUGCACAGAUUGUAUCGAAAAAGCAGAACAAGAAAUCAGUACCAAAAGUACCUGUACAAAAAAAUAAAACCCAAACAAGUACAAAACAUGUAGAAGCAGGUUUAGACAAAAUGCAAAUGUAACAUAUGUUAAUCAAA